CGGAGGCCGAGGCCCCUUCGCACAGUCGGAGCUUUAGACCACAUGUUGAUCGGGGUAGGGAAACGGUCAGGUCAGACAUAAGGUACAACUCCGUUCGUACAGCACCACCGCAGCGAACAACCGCUCAUCGAACGGACAGCAUACGAAGAACUGGAAUCGCUCCUGGAGACAUCGUACUAUCUGGCGCCGCGCAUUUCUCACUGCGUCUAUCUCCAACAUGAUAGGAACAUCGAUCCCCAGCUACAUCUUCAUCCGGUCCUGCAUAUUUCUCCUUCACGCGAUCGCGCCUCUCAGUAUUCUCUUUUGUCUAUUCUCCCUUGUCUCUCCUCCCUCAUUCCGUGGCGCCCGCAUACUCCAGAUCUGGACUACCCUCGAGACGGCGUUCUACCUCUUUGUGUAUCACCCGCGCAAAAUCUACUUGCAGCGGGCAGCGAUCCAUCCAACGCCCGUCUCCCGCGAAGAACGCCGAGUGCUUUUUCAGCGCUGCCACGAACACAUUCCCGACCCGGAGCGGUAUCUUACGAAAUGGUUUAUGGAUGCUCCCGCGUCGGAGAUCAAGAGGGAGAAUGUCAAGGAUUUCUUGCGGUGGGCGUUUCUCAAUACGGGGGCGCCUAAUGCAGCGGACGAUGAGGAGCUGGAAGAGUUCAUCAAAGAGAUGGAGAAGAUGCUAGGAAGGAAGCUAGAACCCGGGAGGGGGAGCGCAAAGUGCUUAAGGCUGAGCCUGGAAAAGGUCGACAUGCUACAUCGAAGCUUGACCUGGUACCUGUGUGUGUUUGUCGUCGACACGCUGGCAUCGGCCUAUAUGCGCUACUACUCCUUCGACUUCCACCGUACUUCUCGCCUUCAGUUCCCCACGGUUUUCCCCUUUCGCCCCCUUACUUUUCUCACACCCCAUCGCUCUGCCGCGAAGACGGUCACUUAUUGGCACCGCCCGCACACCUCCAAAACUAGACUUCCUAUCCUGUUCAUCCACGGCAUCGGCAUCGGGCUCUACCCGUAUAUCAAUCUCUUGGCUGAAAUAAAUCCGGGACUUGAAACGGAUGCGUCGGAUGGCGAGGUCGGUAUCAUCGCCGUGGAGAUCAUGGCUGUGAGCCUUCGGCUUACCCGCGAGGCGCUGGACAAGGAUGUAAUGUGCCAGGAGAUCGACUGCAUAUUGAAGGCGCACGGCUGGGAAAAAUUCGUCCUGGUGUCGCAUUCAUACGGCAGCGUAAUAACCACGCACCUCCUCCGCACGCCGCAAAUCGCCCAAAAAAUCGGCCCCCUGCUCUUCAUCGACCCCGUAUCCUUCCUCCUGCAUCUCCCCGACGUAGCAUACAACUUCAUCUGCCGCAAACCCAUCCGCGCCAACGAACACCAGCUCCACUACUUCGCCUCCAAGGACAUGGGCGUCUCGCACACCCUCUUCCGCCGCUUCUUCUGGAGCGAGAACAUCCUGUGGAAGGAGGACCUGCGCGGCCACCGCGCGACCGUCGUGCUGGGCGGCAGGGAUUUGAUCGUUGAUACCGAGGCUGUUAGGGCGUAUCUCACGGAUCAUACUGGUAGUAGCAGAAGUGGUAGUAAUGGUAGCUGUAACGGUAAUGGUAAGAGCAAGGGGGAAAAGGAAGGCUGCGAGGUGGGACCGGGAGCAGGACAGGCGUGGAAGGGAGACGGGGACGGGCUGGAUGUGCUGUGGUUUCCGCAAUUGGACCAUGGGCAGGUGUUUGAUAGGAAGAGUACGCGAGCGAAGCUGGUGCGGGUUAUUGGAAGGUAUUGUGAGGGGUAGUUGGUUAGUUGAUAUGCACUUUUUGAACUUCUUUUUAGACACCGGCGCCGGGUUUGAGCUGGUAUAGAUUGUGUGGAACGGAACGGCGUGUUUCGCGCAAGGGCGCUUUCUGGCGUUCCGGAGAAAGGCUGGAGGAUCUAUGCAAGGAGGCGGCCGCGUAACGUACUCGUAGUCCGUCCGUAUCACGUCAGGGCGGACGGGUGGUUACACAGCAGAGCGCAGCACUGCACAGCACAGGACAGCAUAGCACGAAAGGCCUGUAUGAGGAGUGUUGUUGAUGUAGACUUCCAAUUCAUUACUUCAUAUCG